AUGUUACUUGUUUCAAGUUCAAAAAAGUACGGUAGAAUCUUUAUAAAAAAUAUAACGAAAACAAGAUGUCAAAGAUUAGCAACAGUUGCAGCAAAUUCCAAUACUACAUCCAAGGUGUCAGGAGAAUUAGAAAGCUGGGAUAGAGGUGGACGCAUAGAUAAAAUUAAUAGUAAGAAACCAAAAGGAGAAGAUAUAAAUUUUACACCAUUAUAUGCAUCAAUGAAACGUCUAAUAGAUCUGAAUCCAGGAUGUGUUAGUUUUAUUCAAGUUGGAAGUUUUUAUGAAAUGCAUUUUGAUCAAGCAGAAGAAUAUGGACCAAAAUUGGGUUUGAAAGUUGCAUAUAAAAAGACAAGUAAUCAUGUUAUACCAAUGGCUGGAUUCCCAUUAUCACAAAUUAAAAAAUUUAUGGAAAUGUUAAUUCAUGAUCAUGGUGUUAGUGUUGCAAUUAUUGAUCAAUAUAAUAAUCUAAGUAAAACAAAUCAAAAUCUUAUACAUAGAAAAGUUUCAAGGAUUGUUUCACCUGGAACUUUAGUUGAUGAGUCUUUUUUAAAUUUUAGUCAGAAUAAUUAUUUGGUUUCAAUAUCGUUCCCACCAAAUAUGAUGAAAUUGCCUGCUGACCCAGAUAUGAUUGUUGGAUUAGCUUGGGUUGAUGUUUCUGUUGGUGAUACGUUUGUUCAACAAACAACUUUGGGAAAUUUAAUAUCAGACUUGUCUAGAAUCAAUCCAAGUGAAAUAUUAAUAUCCAAAGAAUAUAUGGAAUCUUCAAAAUCUUUCAUUCAAUGGUUUCCACCUUUACAAGAACUUAGGAGAUACUUUAUACGGUUUCAUAAUACUCAAUACUCGGACUUAAAACUACAAUUUAAAGCUACAGCACCAGCUGUUAGAAAAGCAUUAGAAGAUUUAAGUGUGAGGGAACAAGCUGCUUUAAAUUUAGCUUUAUCAUAUGUCAAUGUUAAUUUACCAGACGCGGAAUCAUUACUUGAUCUACCCGUAAGAUACUACAGUAAAGAAAGUCUACAAAUGGAUUCAAGAACAAGAGAAGCAUUGGAGUUGACAGAAAGAGGAUCAGGAAGGAAGAUUUCUGCUAGUGGUACAUUAUUGUCGACAAUAAGAAGAACUUGUACAUCAUCAGGAGCCAGACUAUUAACUCAAUGGUUGAAAUCACCUUUAGUUGAUGUUAAAAAGAUACAAGAAAGACAACAAUACGUUGAAUUAUUUCUUUCAGAAACUCAUUUGCGAACUGGGAUUAGACAUCGAUUACAAAAAAUAGCUGACUUCAUUCGUGUAAUUCAAAAAUUAUCCGCUGGUGCAGGUGAUGAUAUGACAAACUUAAAUCAAAUUGCUGAUACAUUAGUUGAUUUAAACGAUUUAAAAUUUUAUUUAAAAGAAUUUAAUGACAAUAAUGCUGAAAAAUCUCUGGUUUUAAUUAACUUUUUAAAAGAUUUUGAUAUACCAAUGCAUGUAGCUGAUACAAUUCAAGAUGCUAUUAUACAAGAAGAUUUUGGCUUUGCUGAAUCUCGGAAUGAGAUUGCUAAUGAAGAGUCGGCAAACGAUGACUUGGUAGAAGAUGAUGAAGAAGCUAAUACUUUCACGAAUAAUUUUAUGAAGCAAUAUAGAAUUAAUCACGAAGAGUCAACUUCACAAUUAUACCUUAGUAUUAGAAAAGAUUACAACGAAGAAUUGAGAAAAUUGCAUUUAGAGUUAGAUAGCAUAGUUGAAAAAGAGAAUGAAUUUUUGCAGAACUUGUCAACCAAUCUUCAGCAGUAUGAUCCAAAAGUCACCAUAUCUAAAAAGGAUCAAUUGGGGAAAUUAUACAAUGUCUUACUUAUCUCAGGUAAACUGUCGUCAACGAAAAAGAUAUCAGAAGUUUUGCAUCACGAUAUUAUUCUGCAAAAGAAAACAUCACUAAUAUAUAGACCCUCAACUUGGAAUAAAAUACAACAAGAGUUACAUACAAAACAAAAUUCGAUAAAAGAAAUUGAAAAUGAAAUAGUUCAAAAUUUGCGUAAUGUUGUAUUGAAUGAAAUUUCAAAGAUCAGAUCAUUAGCUAAAGCAGUUGAUUUUCUAGAUGUUACUUCUUCAUUUGCAAUAAUUGCAGAAGAAAACGAUUGGGUACGACCAAAUAUAGUCAAAAAUUCAAAAUUACAAAUUUUAAAAGGUCGGCACGUUGUAGUUGAAUCAAGUUUGAAAAGUUCUGGUAGUAUGUUUACAUCAAAUGAUUUAUUAUUCAACUCCACUAAAGCAAAAUUAUGGGUUGUUACUGGUCCAAAUAUGGGUGGUAAGAGUACAUUUUUGAGGCAAAAUGCAUUAAUUGUUAUUUUAGCUCAAGUUGGUUCAUUUGUACCUGCUGAAAAGGCAACUAUUGGUAUAGUUGAUAAAAUCUUUACCAGAAUUGGAGCUUCAGAUGAUUUAUAUAAUGAUUUAAGUACUUUCAUGGUUGAAAUGAUUGAGACCAGUAAUAUUUUAGCUCAUGCUACCCCCAAGCUGUUAGCUAUAGUUGAUGAAAUAGGAAGAGGCACAAGUGGUAAAGAAGGAUUGGCUAUAGCUUAUGCUACUUUAACUACAUUAUUGAAAAAGUCAAAAUGUAGAACAUUAUUUGCGACUCAUUUUGGAAAAGAGUUAGAUAAUUUAUUGAAAGUACAAAACGAAGAUCAAUCACAAUUAAAGUUUUAUAGAACUAGAGUGUUGCAAGCUAAUAAUGAAAAAGAAGGUGGUAUACCUAUAAUAGAUCAUUCAUUGGAACCAGGUAUUAGUGAACGAUCUUAUGCUUUUGAUGUUGCUAAAAAGGCAGGAUUUCCGGAAUUUGCAUUGAAAGAAGCUGAAACUAUAUAUAAAAAAUUAUCUAAAUACCAAUUUAGUAGUAAAUAG